UCGCCCUUUCCAUUUUCCCAACAGAAAGAGAAGAAAACCUUUUUUCGGUUCUUCACGAGCGAAAGAUCAUCAAACAGAAAGGAGAAAAUGAGCACCGAAUACGAUUAUUUGUUCAAGCUUCUUUUAAUCGGCGAUUCCUCUGUCGGCAAAUCUUGUCUUCUUCUCAGAUUCGCUGAUGAUUCGUAUGUGGACAGUUACAUUAGCACAAUCGGAGUUGAUUUCAAAAUAAGGACGGUUGAAUUAGAUGGGAAGACAAUCAAGCUGCAAAUCUGGGAUACUGCGGGCCAGGAGCGGUUUCGGACUAUCACUAGCAGUUACUACCGAGGAGCUCACGGAAUCAUUAUUGUGUACGAUGUUACCGAGAUGGAGAGCUUCAACAAUGUUAAGCAAUGGCUUAAUGAGAUUGAUAGGUACGCCAAUAACAAUGUUUGCAAGCUUUUGGUGGGGAACAAAUGCGAUUUAGUCGAGAGCAGAGUUGUCGACACACAAAUGGGAAAGGCAUUAGCCGAUGAGCUUGGGAUUCCUUUUUUGGAGACGAGUGCGAAAGAUGCUAUUAAUGUCGAGCAGGCUUUCUUGACUAUGACUGGCGAGAUUAAGAAAAAGAUGGGAAACCAGCCAACGGCAAACAAGCCAGGCAGCACGGUCCAGAUCAAGGGACAACCGAUUGAGCAGAAUAGCAACUGUUGUGGUUAAUUGUCUGUGUGUGUGUGUGUGUGUGUGCGCGCGCGCGCGUGUUUAAUUUAGAAGAUUGUAAAAAGAGUAGCAAAUGUUUACUACUUUGGAUUUAUUUGUUUGUAAACACUAAAAAAAUGUUGCUAACUGUGUUCUUGAGAAUGUGAAAAGACUAUUUGUUAAGAUUUAUACCAUCUUUUUUAAGAC